UGCUCAUUUACACAUUCUACUGUCGUAAUGGCGUCUGGGUUUUUACAGUCUUCACUCGGUGCAGUGUUGGUGUCUCGUAUAAUGAGUGGAGGUGGUGAGGGAUCACUGGACCGGCUCCUCCCCUCGGUUAGCACAGGACUUUCACCUAGGAAAAGGACCACCAGCCAGUGCAAGUCUGAGCCUCCUCUCCUACGCACCUCCAAACGAACCAUCUACACUGCCGGUCGCCCGCCCUGGUACAACGAACAUGGAACACAGUCCAAAGAGGCCUUCGUCAUCGGUCUUUGUGGUGGCAGCGCUUCAGGAAAGACAACGGUGGCCAGGAAAAUCAUCGAAGCUCUAGAUGUUCCGUGGGUGGUUCUACUAUCAAUGGACUCCUUUUACAAGGUUCUGUCCUCAGAAGAGCAGACCAUGGCUGCCAGUAACGACUACAACUUUGACCAUCCUGACGCCUUUGACUUUGGUUUGCUGACACACACGCUGCGCAAACUCAAACAGGGCAAGAGUGUAAAAAUUCCAGUUUAUGACUUCACAACUCAUGGGAGACAGAAGGAGUGGAAAACUGUAUAUGGAGCAAGUGUUAUUAUCUUCGAGGGAAUCAUGGCCUUUGCUGAUAAAAUGCUCUUGCAGUUGCUGGACAUGAAGAUCUUUGUAGACACAGACUCUGACAUCCGGCUGGUGCGGCGGCUGAGGAGGGACAUUACAGAAAGGGGCCGAGACAUCGAGGGUGUCAUCAAACAGUACAACAAGUUUGUCAAGCCAGCCUUUGAGCAGUACAUUGAACCCACCAUGAGACUGGCUGAUAUUGUGGUGCCACGUGGUGGUGGUAACAUGGUGGCCAUCGAUUUGAUAGUGCAGCAUGUCCACAGUCAGCUGGAGGAGAGGAAACUUCGCUGGGAUAUGGCAGCCCUGGCUUCUGCACACCAAGCCCAACCCCUCCCCCAGACCCUCAGCGUUCUAGAGAGCACACCUCAGGUCAGGGGUAUGCACACCAUCAUCAGAAACAAGGAAACCAGCCGUGAUGAGUUCAUCUUCUACUCCAAGAGGUUGAUGCGAUUGUUGAUCGAGCGAGCACUCUCCUUCCUCCCCUCACAGGUCCACAUAGUCCAGACCCCCCAGGGAGAGGAUUAUGAAGGCAGAACUUUCCACGGGAAGAGGAUCACAGGCGUGUCCAUCUUACGAGCCGGGGAGACCAUGGAGCCGGCUCUGAGGGCCGUCUGCAAAGACGUCCGCAUCGGCAAGAUCCUCAUCCAGACCAACCAGGACACAGGAGAGCCAGAGCUCCAUUAUCUGCGUCUACCAAAAGACAUCAGUGAAGAUCAUGUGAUUCUGAUGGACUGUACCGUGUCCACUGGAGCUGCCGCCAUGAUGGCCGUACGAGUCCUACUGGAUCAUGAUGUUCAGGAGGACAAAAUUCUGCUGGUGUCUUUGUUAAUGGCUGAAAUGGGGGUCCAUUCAGUGGCAUACGCGUUCCCACAGGUCAAGAUCAUCACCACAGCUGUAGACAAGAAGGUCAACGAUCUCUUCCACAUCAUACCUGGCAUUGGAAACUUUGGGGAUCGAUAUUUUGGAACAGAUGCACCCCCCGACUGGAGUGACGAAGAGAUGGAUGAGCCUAGUUACUGAUUCAGUUAUUGGCAGUGCGCUAACUCAUUUGGGGAUUCAGGCCUGUGCGCCUCCGAGGACAAUAUGAAGACGUACUCUAAGCCUCUGUGGGGCUGUAACAUGCAUCUUAUAGGGGCCAAACAAAGUGCCCUGAAAAAUAAACUGCAAACAGGACAGAACAUUGUUGAUGUACAGUCACCCUGUUGAAACUUUUAUAUUAUAUUAUUUUAUCUUUUGCUGUUGUGGAAAGUUGUGAUAUGAUGUUUAAAAUAUUUUUAUAUGUACAGAAUUUUAUUAAGUCAAAAUGUUUUAUUUUAGGGUUUAGAUUGUGACAAUCGCUGUGUUGGAAUUUACAGACAUUUUAUUUAAAGAUAUAUAUAUAUCUAUAUGGCCUUAAGGGGUGAACUGUGGACGACACAACUGAAUGUGAAUAUGCACGUGCCGUAAAGGAAAAAGAAUAAUGCUUUUUAAGGUUAUCUUCUACCCCACAACUUUCACAAAGUUAAAUCGGAACAAGAAAUCGUGUUGUUACUCAACUUCCAUCACCAUGAGCGCUUUCUGAAGGACCAUUCAAUCGGAAAAUGUGUAGGUGUAUCUGUCUUUCUUUUUUAGGUCUUGUUCACCCUUUUCCUUCUCUAUGGAUGCAAACCUAACCAGCUGAAAAUGCUGUUUUUCAUCACACGGCUUAAAGUGUGCACUCUUGGUGUAUAUUUAUGCAGCAUGUCCCUCAUUUACAUCUUUUUACUAUAGCUAGAUCUGACCAGUCAGCAGGCAAGUCAUACAUAUUAUUUGCUGCUAUGGAAAUGGGUCACAUCAUUUGCACAAACAAAUGAUGUGUUCAUUUCAGUCUUACACAACCUGAUUUUCACCUCCAUUUUUCAUGCAAAACAUGUGAUUGUAUUUUUAUUGUAAAGUGGGUACAUACUGUAUGAAUUAAUUAUCAUAUUAUCUAUAUGUCAAAAACUGAAGAAAGUCCUGCUAGUGCCUGUUCCUCUUUCCUGUUAUUAGUAUUAAAUGUAAUGAAUGAAAUUAAUCAGUUCUUUUAAUCUGGUGCCUAAAUUGUAUCGCCUUGUUCUUUACAGAAAGACUUUGACUGUUUGCCAGACGUGGGGUUAUCCCCUACAAUAUUUAUGGUUAUUUGAGCUAAUGCAAUGUGACAUCAGAAAGAGAAGAGUAUUGCAUAUGAAGUUCAUUUUCACAAUUAUCAUACAAGAUUUACAUUAUUUGGAUUUCAUCAUUCAUCAUUUGCUUUAUUGUGUAAAAGAAAUGUAUAUGAACUACAGGUACGGUUACUACUGUUGGCUCAAAAUGACCUUUCUGUUUAGUCACCUGUUAAACUGCACAGUGUGUACUUACUGCUGAAUGCAACUGUUAGUGAGUCAUUCUGUACAAAAAAAUCCACCGUUUUGUGUUUACCAUUUCUGCUGCAUGUUUUUAUAUAUAUUUAAUUAAAGUGCAAUAGAGCU